AACAGCCGCUCUUAUAACUAAAAAAAGUGCUUUCGUACAGAUAGGAGUAGCUGCACGAAUACCUGGAAUUAUUAAAACCCAAAUUCUCAUCUAAGUUGAACAUUUUAACUCGACAUUGAAGUAAAACGCUCACACUACUGCUUCCUUCGGAAGAGAGUAUUUGGGUUACGUCACUUCCUCUUACCGCAGCAGGCGUGUUUAGAGUUUCGGUCUGACCUGAAAAUACUGAAAAAAUAAUAAAAUUGCGAUUAUUUCUGGGAUACCGCAGCGUUGUGUUUUGGUUGGAUUAUGCAUUCAACGUUGUCAGGAGUCCUUUGGAAAAUAUAUGUGACGUGAAAGAAGAUGAGCACCUGUCGCUGGUGUACCCCAGGUGGCUCUGAGGCCACUGAGCUGCUAAAGAAAUACUCUUCCAGGUCACUUUCUCCUGAGGAAGAGAAUGCUCUCAACGAGGACCUGUGCUACUGCUUGGAAUGUGUGGUGGAAUAUCACAGAGCCAGGGAUGAACUGCCAUCCUUUCACAAGCUGUUGUGGAAUUUGGAGACUUCACGUCUCCUUGAUCGUUUUACCCAGUCAUGUGAUGCAGAGCUGGAGGAAGAUGAUCUGUUCAUAGUAGAGGAUGACCAAGAGAUCUAUGUGCCAAAAUUCACGGGACCUGAAUAUGAGAAUUUUCUCCGAGUCCCACUGCUUGAGAUACUUAAGUAUCCUUACCUGCUGGAACACCGUGAAAUCAGUGAAAUGUGUGUGGAGACACUCUGCAAAAUGGAAAAAGUGAACAGCUUUCAGGUCUUUGAUAAAUACCCUGGGAUAUACCUUCUCCUGGUUCAUCCUAAUGAAACCGUGCGCAAAUGGGCAAUCUGCACUGCGAGGUCUCUGGGGAAGGUGGAUCGCGAUGACUUCUAUGAUCUCCAGGAGGUUUUCAGCUGCAUGUGUCGUGCUAUUGAACUUGACCUCAUCUUGAACUCGGACUUAUUCAGCUCUUACGUCCGAAAAGAAGGGAAAAUGGUUCUGCUUCCACCUCACCUUUAUGACUGUUCUAACUACAAAAAUUACUGGCUGGGGAUCUGCAUGCUUUUAACCGUUCUGGAUGCACAGGCUAUGGACUCCUUGCUUCUGGGCCCUGACAAACAGAAUGACCUCAUGCAGUCAAUUCUUAAUGCCAUGGAGAAAGAAGAGGAAGAUGAAAAAUUAGAUCCAUUUUGGCCAGCGCUGCAGUGUUUUAUGGUGAUCUUGGAUCGUCUGGGGUCCAAGGUUUGGGGGAAGCUGAUUGAUCCAGCUCGGGCCUUCCAGAGAAUUACUCGGAGCCGCAGUUACCAGAAAGAGUUAGAAAACCUACGGCAAACCACAAACGGAACCAAAGUUGAAUUAGAAGAUGCAAUGACGACAUGUAGUCAGAUCAUCUAUGACUGUAACAAGGAAAAAAGCAAGGAUUCUGGUACUAAGACAGCUGUUAAUGCUGAAAAUUGUGCACACUUGUACGAAGAAAUGCAUUCUUUGAUGAAUGUGCUUCAGUCUGAUAUGGGAAAGGAGAUGCGUGUCCACAACAGCACUUUCUUGUGGCUAAUUUCUUUUGUCCAGUCUGUGGUGGAUCUCAAAGAACUCAGUAUCGUCUGUAUUGGAGAGAUAGUUCAUUUUCUGUGUGGAGAAAUUAACAAUUUCAUCAAUGGACAGAUACAGAAGUGCGAUAAAGUAACAGAAUUUUUCAUCCUUGUUCUCGUUUUCGUCAUUGAGCUGCAUCUCAACAAAAGCAGCAUGAAUAUUUUGAAUUACAGCAGCUCGAUCUGGGUAGACGUGAUUGUGAACUGUGCGGUGCUGUCCGUUUCAGCUUUUAGUGCCAGUUCAGAUAGCUGUACUGCCAGAAAAUCGUCCACUUCAUCUUUGAGGACAUUGUCCUGGCACCCCCAAGUGAGCAAUGUGGUUCCUCAAGCAUGUGUUCAAAUAAUACGUUCCCUCCUGAAAGAGGGGUGCAAACUGUCUGUAGAAAGACCAAGCAAAUAUUUUCUUGACUUGCUGAACAAACAUUUGCGUGAGACUGCUUACAGAGAAUGGAGACUCAGCAGCUCACAGUUAAAGAACCUACAGUUGUGUUUAAGGCAGCUUGUUGCAAACCUUAAUGGAAAGGAAGAAUCACCUGGCUCAGGCACAAACAGCGGAGAUGAUAUGAAAUAUCCCAUUGCUUCCAUCAAGCAGGAGAGAGUGGAAGAAUGGGAUGGCUGUGAAAACCAAGAUAAUGGGAUGACAUCUACGUCCAAUACAUGUGAGAGAAACACAGGGCUUGGGGUCUUACAUCAAAACUAUCCCUUGAAACAGGAAGUCCCAUGGGAUGGUGAGGACUGUGGUCAGCUUGCCUCAGGUAUACACCCCAAUGUUGGCGAUAGAAGCUUUAAAACUGACCUGCAAGACCAAUACCAGCUACCCUUGAAAAAGGAAAGAACCUCUCCUGUACACAUGUGUUCAGAUUCAAAUAAGUCAAAGAUUUCAUACUCAUUUAAGAGUGAGAUGCCUGAUUCAGUAAGGUCGGAUGACCUGAAAUCUGAGCAAAAUAAUGGCCCUUUAUGUAAAAUUUCUGAAGUUAUCUCCUGUCCUUCAUCCGCAAAUGAUCAGAAAGAUGAUGUAUCUUUUGUUAGCAAAAAGAACGAGGGGGGACAAAAAUUGUCCAAUGAAGAAUGUGCUUCUGGAUCCAAAAGGCCUUUAGAAUGUAUUUCAAAAUAUGAGGCAAGUUCAGGUGGUCCACAUAUUUCUAACGUUAAAUACGGUAAAUCGGAGAGCAGCGAUGAUGAUGAUGAUGAUGUUCCUCUUACAGUCAUAAUGUCUAAUUUGCACAAAACAACAAGUUUGUAUAAGACAUUAAAAAACAGCAUGCAAUUAACCGAUCCCCAAACUGACAGAGAUGUUAAUUUGCAGUCUUCAACUGCGAGUUCAGAGAGUACUUCCUUCCCUUCUAAUUCAAACAAGGAGUAUUCAGUGUCACGUGACAGGAUAGAAAGGAGAGUGAAGUGUAAUGCCAGAAGUGGGCAGGCAUUAGAGAAUCAGGAUGUAGUGAUUUUGGAACCUGAUACAGACAGUGGUGCAGUGAUUGUAAUUUCUGAUUCAGAGUCUGCCAAAGAUGAUAAUGAGACACCGCAUGCCAACAGUAAAGAAACGUGUAGAAACUUCAAGGCUCAAGAAAUGACCAUAAAGUGUGAACAUUCAAAAUCUAUAGAUUUGAUGAAUGAUGUUUCUAAAAGUGCAAACAAUGGAGGUACCGACUGUGGUUUCAACGAAUAUGAUUCUCAGCUGUUCGAAUUUGAAACUGAAGAGAAGGUGUUUUCUGCCUGGGAGGACCCAGAAAUCAGUACUGUUGUGGGAGAUACAGAAAAUAAAGAUGCCUCAAAUGAACUACCGUUUCUUCAUAGCAGUGAAGACUUAAAUGACCUGUGUAAUGACUGGGGUUAUGAAACAGAUUUUAUUCCAGAUGAUUACAUUCAUAAAGCAUCGGAAUACGCAGAGGAAUUGAUAAAAAAACAGCAGAUAUCCGAGGACUGCAUUGAAAAAGAUCCUGAAAAAGAGCCGACAACUUCAUCAUUUAAUAAUGACACGAAAGAACCUCCUUGUCGAAUUGCUGGUGAAAAUGACGACCAGUCCCCGAUAUCCUUGUUAAAGAAAACUCUCAGCAAAAAGCUUGCCGAAAAACGGGCUUCUUCAGGAGCUAGCAUCUCUAAUGUGACAAAGGAUUUAGGUACAUAUUCUAAGAAAGGCACAAAUGGCAGGUCCUUAAAGAAGCCCAAAGAAACAUCUUCCUCAAGCAAAAAUAACUUCAAAAAAGCAACAACCACGCUGCCUUUGAAGGUAACAGGUCUGCCCAAGGUUCAUUCACCUUCUUCUUUAAAGCCAGCUAUAAUAACCCCCAAAAAAGUGCGACAGCAGCCAGAGCCCAAUUCCACUGCAGAAAAACUGGGCUUGAAGAAGAGAGAGCGUAAAGCUUUUGAUCUUUCACAGAGAUCUUUAGACUGUGUAGCUCAGCUAAGAAACUAUGGACAGCGUUUCCGUAUUGAGAAUGAAACGCGCAAGUAUAGGACAACAAAAUCUUCACUACCUAGCCGACAGAAACAGAUUCCCAAAAACAAAAGAAAGAUGCUUGCUUCUCAGGAUCUUCAAUAUUUCCGUCUAAGUAGAGGUAAAGCAACAAACAUUAACAGGGAUGGUACAUCUGACCCGAUUUUGGGCAAGAGAGCUAAGAUAUGCUCUUCAUCCAUCACACAGAAAAAAAGUAGUGGGCUGAUAGACAGCCUGAAGGCGAAAGAAAAUAAGCAGUUGGCUAAGGAAGAAAAAGAUGUAAUCUCUCCAAAAGCUUCAGCUGCAAAGACUGGUUGUAGUGAUGGUGAUGCUGGUGGCAAUAAGUUAUUUUUUCUGUCAUCACUGCCCAUUCCUCAAGUAGCUGAAAGCGAUCAACUAGAAAGAAACUGUGAUUUAACAUCCAAAGAAAUCCCAGAAGUUUCAAGCACAACUUGCAGUGCAAAUGAACUGGGUGUUUUUGCCCAAUUAAAUACUGACCUGCCACAGGAGGUAGCUGGUCAACCACGAAAGCAUGAAUUCAAGUGUGACAGGGUGGUUGAUGAUGAUGAUGAUGACGACGACGACAACAUGUACCUCACACAGAUGGAUCCUGUGGAUAUGGAAUUGUGUCCAGAAUUGGACAAUGCGGAUAAUUUUGCUCUUACACAGAGGGACCCUGUGGACAUGGAAAUCGAUGAAAGUGAAAGCCAGGUUUGUAAAGAUGAUUCAGGAAAGGUGGAUAGCAUUAGGGAAGGGCAAGUAGCUCAUUCUUCUUGGGCCGACACAUAUGCUUCGGGGAGUGUUGAGAAAUCAGUAACAUCGGAACAGAAAGACGAUCACGUCUUCUUGAAGCCAGGUAUUCCAUCCCCGUACCUGAAACAGGCAAAGCCUUCCACGACUAAAAUAUAUGCACAGAGCUCCAGGAAUGCUAACUUGGCUCAGGAGAUGGAGAAAACCUCCAAGCCAUUGCCAGCUGCUUUAAAGAUCAGGGCUGUCCGCCCGCCACCGCCUCUCAGGAGGUCUAGCAUGCCGCCACCUGAAAGCAGAUCACCUCUGCAGCCCAAGACCCCUGUUACCCCCAGUUCUAAUCCACCGGAGAGCCGCAUUGUCGCUUACAAACCACGAGUUCCUGUGUGUACACCACAUGAAAGGACAGAUUCUUCAACAACCAAGAAGCCUCCUCACUCUGCCUCCAGCUUCAGAUUUAAUCAGAAUGAUAUGAUUCAGCAGAUGCUGAAAUGGAACUAUGAGAUGUUUUGUAAUUAUGCCCAGUUUGGAACACCAGAUGACCUCUGCUCUUUUCCAUUAAGAGAAGUCCCCACCAACUUUACAUCUUUUGAGGACUAUUUUACUACCUUCUAUCCUUUGCUGAUGGUCAAUGCCUUUGAAGAGCUUGUAAACAAUUGGAGACAAUCGAAAAGCACAAUUAGAAAUUCAUUGAGACCGGUUGCUGUUGAAUAUCCCAAUGGAGUUUCCAAUGCUACCUUCACAGCCUCACUUACUAGGUCUGAGGUGGACCGACAGCUAUAUCCUAAAGAGGAACACUUGGUUUGUCUGUGGCUGCACCAGCAUACUAACACGUAUGCAAAUGAGGAUAGUGAAAUGUUGGAACCCAUUCCAAGCAUUGGCUAUGUCUUACGAGCAAACAUUUCUCAUGGAGGGGACACUCCAACCCUUACACUCACUAUACAGACUCGAGUGAGUUUUUCACUUCAGAAGCUGCCUGUAAUGUGUGAGGUGAUAGGAUCACUCAUCAGCACUAUUCGGGGGUUUAAAGGUUUGAGCAUGCUGAGAAACAGCUUGAUGGCCAGACCUCUACUCUCACCCAAUGCUGCUUACUUUAGUUUUGGAGAACAGAAGAAUGUCUGUCACAUGCCUGAAUUCAAUACCGAUCAAGUAAAGGCCAUUAACUGUGCACUUACCAUGAUAAAAGAGCAGAGAAGGACACCUAAAAUAUGUCUUAUACAAGGGCCACCUGGAACCGGGAAAACCAGAACCAUUGUGGGACUUCUUCAGCGCAUUUUUACUGAGGAUCGGGAGAACCUGAUGCCACAGGGGAACAGGAUCUUUAAGGGCAGAAAGCCCAGGGUUCUCGUUUGUGCCCCAUCAAAUGCUGCUGUUGACCAUCUUAUGAGGAACAUCAUUGUGGAUUUUAAGGGAAAGUGCAGAAAUCGUCAAACCCCAUUAGGUAACUGCGGGGAUAUUAAUUUAGUACGCCUUGGGAUGGAGAAAGCCAUUUCAGAUAAACUGUUGGGAUUUAGCCUUGAUCAUCAGAUAAAGGUUAAAACAAAAAAGGGCCAAGAACAUGACACUGGAAUCCAUAGGCGUAAAGAACAGCUUGAUCAGGAGCUGGAAAGGGUCUCGAACUUGUUGAGUUCUGUGAAUAAGAAAGACAUUUUGAAGCUUCAGCGGCUGACAGAUGAAAAAUUCAAGCUGCUUGAGGAGAGAAAACAGCUAGGACGUAUGCUGAGGGAGACCAAAGUCAAAAAACAAGAAAUCCAAACUAAAAUUGUGCUGGAUGCGCACGUGAUCUGUUGCACUCUGAAUACCUCUGGGAGCAUACUGUUAGAAUCUGCCUUCCGAAGGCUAGGGCACGACCCCUUUUGCUGCGUCAUAGUGGAUGAAGCAGGACAAGCCACAGAGACUGAGACUCUGAUUCCUCUCAUGCAUCGCUGUCCUUGUUUGGUCCUGGUUGGAGAUCCAGAACAACUGCCACCCACUGUGGUCUCCCAGAAAGCAAAGGAGAAAGGGUAUGACCAGUCACUGAUGGCACGUUUAUGGAAGUCUCUCCAUCGGGAAUUGAGGGCGAAACCGCACGUUCCCAAUCCAAUCAUAUUUUUGGCCACGCAGUACCGAAUGCAUCCCGAUAUCUGUGAGUUUCCCUCCAGAUACAUCUACGACAGGGCACUGAAAACCGAUGGCGAAACUGCAGAAAAGAGGUGUGGAAUAAGUUGGCCUUUCCAGCCAUACAUUCUCUUUGACGUGACGGAUGGCUUCGAGACAAGAAACGAGGAGUACGUGAGAUUUUGGGAGGGCAUGAACUCUUUCAGUAACCUUCAAGAGGUGAAGCUUGUAAUUCGUCUGAUCAAGCUGAUCUUUGAGAAGCAGGUCACCCGGGUAGGGGUUAUCACUCCCUACAGUGCACAAAAGCAAAAAAUCAAGGAGUACAUCAACAAAGAGCAAAAACUGGACACAAACAAACAUUUCCAGUCUGUAGAAGUGGACACUAUAGAUGGCUUUCAGGGUUGUGAAAAGGACUGUAUUAUAGUGUCUUGUGUCAGAGCCUGUAGCACACAGGGCUCUAUUGGAUUUAUGGGAAAUCGUCAGCGGUUAAAUGUAACAAUUACACGAGCAAAAUUCAGCCUCUUCAUUUUGGGCCAUCUAAGGACUCUCACGGAACAUAAAGACUGGGAAGCGCUUAUACAGGAUGCUGGUAAAAGAGGCACCAUAAUAAAGACGAGGGAGAAGGACUAUAAUGCGGAUGCCAGGAAGAUCUUUAAGCCUGAACCAGGGUUUUUAAGAAGUUUCUCCUUUCCACCAAAAGAUUCUUCCUUGCUACCUAAGACAAGUACACCAACUGACAAUCGCAGGAUGAGCGCUGACAAAUCAUCAAUGGUUAAGAACUCCGCCUUGCCAGCUGCACGGACGACAGCAACAGUAAGCAGAUCUCAAACCUCAGAUUCUUCAACAGCUGGGUUUCAUGCUCCGGAAAAACCUGCAGCUCCUGCCCAACUUCCAGGAAAGCCUUCAACGUCAGGUAGACCGAGAGACCCUCGUCUGGCCAGUCGGAGUGCUCAUAUCCAGCAACCUCGGUCUACAUUGGCUAAGAGCUCAGUCCCAUCUCAUCCACAAAGCAGAGUAUACGGGACCUAUGGGCAAAGUUCAGCUCCUUCUGACUGCAGAACGAGUGCUGCUGGCAGAAGCUCAACAAGCUGCUCGGCACAGAACUCUUCAGCGUCACGUCCCUCCUGGUGCAAGGACAGGGACGAGGACAAGGACUACAGAACGCCCUGCCCAAGUCGAUAUGACAGACCACCUCCGAAAAGAUCGUCAGAUCCAAGAUGGUCCUCUUCACUGGAAAAGCACAGAAAGUCCUGACUCUUAAUAUUGUUCUAAUUGUAAUUAGGUCUGGACUACAUGAGGGACAAAAUGGCCCUGACUGCUGCAGUCAUUCUUUCCAGCUGUGGACUGGAAGUGGGAUGGAACUGCUCCAUUUAUUUUUUUUUCAUUAAAGGGUACAUAGUACUGACAUGUAAAUGAUGACUUUUUGAGAUGUCCUUUAACAAGAUCUUGAAGCAUCCGUUUCGUUUUAAAAUGGUCUUCCUCAUCCCUUGUAGUUAAUGGCUAGAACAAGUGUCUUGUUAAAAAAAAUCAAGCCACUUCAACAGUUCAAAACUCAGUUUGUUUUCACUCUCCUCUGUCCUUUAAAACCUUUAUAAAUAAGCCAGUCUAAUUUGGCUGCUAUUGAAUGUUUUUUGUUUUGUUGAUUUUUUUUUUGGUGUACAGAAUUUUAUUUUAAUGCUGGUAGAUGUUGAAUAGUCCUGCUGCUACUAAUUUGAAAUUUAAAACUGAAAAGUGCUCAAGUUCUCUCCAGUUUCAAUGCCAACCGUUUUGUUUCUAUCCAUUUAGAACCUAUCCACGUUUAAUUCAAGCAUUCAACCUAAAGGAUUUAAUGUUUAUGAUCUUCAAUUAAUAAAUACACAAUAAAUAAUAAAUCAUAUAAUAGCUUAGUCAAGGAACACACCUAAUUGUAGCUGUCAGCACUAUGAAUUUAGUAACCACAAUAUUCCAAUAUCCAACUGAAGCACGAGGUAGUUAACUCUGGUUAUGAAGGACCUCUUUUCAUCAUGGUUUGUGAGUCACUCCUAAAUGAUCAAUUUGUAAAAAAGUAGACCACAAUUACAUUUUCACCACUGAAGAAGGUACGGUAAAGUAGUUUGGACACCAAGGGAAGUGACAACACUAACAAUCUUUAUUUUUUAAUGACUGCCUUUGGGUAUCCCUCUCUUAAUUGAACCACAUAGGAUAAACUGACCAAUACUCUGUUUGAAGUCUCACAGAUUGAUGAUUUAAGGGAAUAAGACUGAUUAUGCUGUCUGGACUGUAGCUCUUCGGGACCAGAGUUAGCUUCCUUGAUCUAAAGCAUUCAGUAUGAAUCCUAUCAUUUAUUUCAUAUUCCAAGAGCAGUAAACUAUCCUGCUCACCACAGGAGACCUCCCUAUCAGUUGUCAGAAUGUAAAUCUUGGAUUUCUUUUUAUUUUCCACUACAGUGCAUUGCCUCUUACCUUCGUGUACCCCAAAGUAAUGCAGCAACUUUCAUUUUUUUGCUGUCAUAUGCCUGUUUUCUAUGUGUAGUCCUAUCAGCCAUUUUAUCUGUGGCUUUCUACUACUCAUAAAAAGUGACAUAAGAGAACAUAUUUCAUUUCAAUACAGAAGAAUUGCAUUAGCGAUACCAUGGCAUGUGGGUGCUUAAAAUCUUACAGACUUACACUUAAAAAGUGUUGAAUUUCUCACCAUCUAUUAAUAUUUAAUACUUUAUGGCUAUGUAAUCUGAAGUCAAAUUGAGUAUUUUUUCGGAUGCUGCAGCUUUUUACUUGGAAGAAGGGAGAAAAUUUCGGCAGUCACUGGUGAGCUUUAAACUUAUUCUUGAUAGGUGGAUAUAUGUUUGACAAGUACGUGGACAAUGAAAGCCCUGAUUUCAGUAAGAGCUUUGGUUCCUAAUGUAAAUGUCUGGUUUGUACAGAUAACACCAGACCCUGCAGGAGCUGAAGUCUUUAUAUUGAUAUGCGUUUGAUUUAAAAAGCUUUAAGUAAGUCUUUUACAGUUUUAAAAAUGCUAAAAAUAUAAUUUUUCCACCUACAAAAACAUAUUCAUUGUUUAUCAGUUGUUAAAGAAUGGGGUCUAAUGAUGCCCAACUACAUUUGCAGAGCUGUCAAGAGAUCUGUGAUUUCAGUAUCUUUGGGUUGUGCUUUUUUUGGUAGCUAUGCUCCAUUUAGCUAGUUAUGUUUAAUUCACUUUCAGCCACAUGCAUUUUUCAAACCACUUGAGCAUCGUCACAACCCAUCUGACCUGCUGCCAUGACUGACAAGCCUGGUUCUAACAUAAUUGUUAAUCCUCUGGCACAAAACCUGGCAGCUCCCGAUUGUCCUUUCUGAGUCUGAACUUCAGAUUCUCUUUUCUUUAUAUUAUCAUCACCCCACUGUUAUCAAAGCCUUUAUGUAUCAUGUCGUACUUGUCUCUAUAAGAUAUAGAGGAUGUGUUAGGGUUACAUCCUGAAAAUGGGAAGAAUGUAAUUCAGGACUUAUAAAUGUGGUUGCAUUUGUUUUUAGAUGCCUGAAGUCUCUGAAUUGCGCUAAGACCUUUUAUUAUUUUAUCUCAUAAAUGGAGACUAUGCAAACUGGGUAGAAGCAAUUGAUGCCAGAGAUUAAAAUGUCUUUUGUUGGCUUUUGUGUUUUUUUUUUCUGAAAGGAAGAGCUCUUCUGGCUAUUUUUUGUCAGAAAAAAUGUUUUCAAAAACAAUUAUCCGUUGAUAACUGAUUACCAUCAUACCCGUCGCCAUUGAUAUGCUUUACUUCGGUUUAUCCAUUUUAAGUCUGCAGUAAAAAUCCUAGCUGUUGCUUGAUUUAGGUUAGCCAUAAAAGGCAAUUUUUACUUUUGUCUUAAAUAUAUUUCCUACCUGACAAAGGCUAUGAGAAAAUCAGAAAUAGUUGCUUAUUUUUUAAACAGUAAAUAUUACUGAUUUGAAAGUAUGAUCGAUAGAGAACAACUUCUAUAUACAGCCAGAGCAGAAAGCGUGGGCUUUUUCGUUUUUGCUACCAUAAAAGGCACUGGGUAGUAAAAUACAUGAUCAAGGUGUGGUGACCUGAGCAAUGAGUGUAAUUGUGAACUUCCAUUUAUUAAUACUGCUUUUGUGUUCUGGUG